AUGACUGACGUUCUCGGCUACGUGACCGAUGUUCUCCAAAAUAUUCAAGAUGGCAACUUAGAAUAUUGUAAGAAUUUGAAAUAUCAGGGCCAGCCUAGUUCGAAAAUAGAACAAUUUAAUACAGUUUUGAGAGGCUUGUUAGAGCGUCAUAUAUAUUUGGAGAAAGAAGUGGCUUACUAUAAAUCUUUACUUAGUGAAAAUGAUUCUGUAAUUAUAAUAAAUGAUAACAGAAUACCAGCUACUUCUGACGAAGAACCUUCUCAAGUAACAAAUCCAUCAGCUACCAUUUCUAUUUCUCCUGAUAAAUAUGAGACACUUCGUAAUCAUAUUAUAUCUUUUUCACAUAAAACGGCCGAUACCUUUGAUUCUGAAAGUGAUCCCGAAACUCCCCCCGCUUUGGAACAUGAUAGAAUGUGUCAAGAUUGUUUAAACCAAUGUACAAAUGUAGCUCUAGCUGUUUCUAAAGGUGAUUUCAAACAACGUAUAACAUGUCCUUAUUCUACCGGUUCAAUGCUUAUUUUAAAGAAUGCAAUGAAUCUUAUGGCUGAAACAAUUGAUCAUGUCUCUGUUGAACUCAUUCGUAAUGCUCGUGAAGUUGGUGAAGAGGGUAAACUAGGUGUUCAAGCACAAACUCAAAACAUAGAAGGUGAUUGGAAAGAAAUGAUGGUACACUUGAAUAUGAUGGCCAGUAAUCAUUCAGAACAAGUACGAGAUAUUGCUGAGGUAUGUACCGCAGUAGCUCAUGGCGAUCUAAGCAAAAAGAUAACUGUCGAAGUUAAAGGAGAAACUCUUGUAUUAAAGAACACUAUUAACACUAUGGUUGAUCAAUUAAAUUCUUUUGCUUCGGAAGUUACCCGAGUAGCUCAUGAAGUAGGCACUGAGGGUAAACUUGGUGUACAAGCUCAAGUUCAAGGUGUUGGUGGAACAUGGAAACUUUUAACUGAUAACGUUAAUACAAUGGCUGCUAAUUUAACCGCUCAAGCUGAUGUAUCUAAGGCUGUCGCAAGAGGGGAUUUAAGUAAAAAGAUAACAGUCGAUGUAAAAGGAGAAAUUUUGGAUCUUAAAAAUACAAUUAAUACUAUGGUUGAUCAAUUACAAACAUUCGCUACGGAAGUAACUCGUGUAUCACUAGAAGUAGGUACUGAAGGCAAACUAGGUGGUCAAGCUAAUAUUAGGAAUGUCGGCGGAAUAUGGAAAGACCUUACGGACAAUGUAAAUCUUAUGGCUUCCAAUUUGACUAAUCAAGUGCGUGAUAUUGCUACUGUUUGCAAAAGUGUGGCUUGUGGUGAUCUAAGCAAGAAAAUUACUGUCCAAGUCCAAGUUUCUCGAGAAGUGGGAACCGAAGGUAUGCUUGGUGGUCAAGCCGAAGUUCAAGGUGUUGCUGGCACUUGGAAGGUUUUAACUGAUAAUGUGAAUACUAUGGCCUCUAACUUAACGGCUCAGGUGCGAGAUAUUGCUACAGUUUGUAAAAGUGUUGCCUGCGGUGAUCUUAGCAAAAAGAUUACCGUUGACGUUAAAGGAGAAAUUUUAGAUUUAAAAAAUACCAUAAACACUAUGGUUGAUCAACUGCAAACAUUUGCAAUUGAAGUAACUCGUGUCUCUUUGGAAGUGGGUACUGAAGGAAAAUUAGGUGGUCAAGCUGUUGUUAAAGACGUUGGUGGAACAUGGAAAGAACUUACAGAUAAUGUAAAUAUAAUGGCUGCUAAUUUAACUACUCAAGUUACUACUGCGGUCGCUAGGGGAGAUUUAAGUAAAAAGAUCAUUGUAGACGUAAAAGGCGAAAUUCUUGAUUUAAAAAAUACCGUUAAUUCUAUGGUAGAUCAACUACGUAUGUUUGCAGCAGAGGUAACACGUGUAGCACGCGAAGUUGGUACGGAAGGAAUUUUAGGUGGUCAAGCUCAAGUUAAGGACGUUGGUGGAACAUGGAAAGAGUUAACAGAUAAUGUCAAUACGAUGGCGAAUAAUUUAACAGCUCAAGCUGUUGCACGUGGAGAUCUUAGCAAAAAAAUUACUGUCGACGUCAAAGGAGAAAUAUGGGAUCUUAAAAAUACUAUAAACACUAUGGUAGAUCAAUUACAAACAUUUGCCACAGAAGUAACACGUGUAUCUCUGGAAGUUGGAACGGAAGGGAAAUUAGGAGGACAGGCCGUUGUAAGUGAUGUUGAAGGAACUUGGAAAGUCUUAACAGAUAAUGUUAAUAUAAUGGCUGCUAAUCUAACAACUCAAGUUCGAUCUAUUGCCGAAGUAACAACAGCUGUUGCAUGCGGUGAUCUAAGUAAAAAGAUAACUGUAGAUGUUAAAGGAGAAAUACUAGAACUUAAAAAUACAGUUAAUUCUAUGGUAGAUCAAUUACGUAUGUUCGCAGCCGAAGUAACACGUGUUGCUCGUGAAGUUGGUACUGAGGGAAUGCUAGGUGGUCAAGCGGUUGUUAAAGACGUUGGUGGGACAUGGAAAGAGCUUACAGAUAAUGUAAAUAUAAUGGCAUCUAAUUUAACGGCUCAAGUUCGUGAUAUUGCUACUGUGUGUAAAAGUGUGGCUUGUGGGGAUCUUAGUAAAAAGAUUACUGUUGACGUAAAAGGGGAGAUUUUAGAUUUGAAGAACACAAUAAAUACUAUGGUGGAUCAGUUAUCUACCUUUGCCGCCGAAGUUACACGUGUAGCUCGUGAAGUAGGUACCGAAGGCAAACUUGGUGUCCAAGCUAAAGUUAAAGAUGUUAAAGGAACAUGGAAAGAAAUUACUUCAAAUGUUAAUACUAUGGCUGCAAACCUGACAUCACAGGUUCGAGCUUUUGCUCAAAUUUCUACAGCGGCAACGGAUGGAGAUUUCACACAAUUUAUCACUGUUGAUGCAUCAGGUGAAAUGGAUUCUCUUAAGACUAAAAUCAAUCAAAUGGUUUACAGUCUUAGAGAGAGUAUAAAGAAGAAUUCCGAUGCAAGGGCAGCAGCAGAAUUAGCAAACCGAAGUAAGAGUGAAUUUUUAGCCAAUAUGUCACAUGAGAUACGAACACCAAUGAAUGGUAUUAUCGGGAUGACUGCAUUGACACUUGAAACUGAGUUGACACGACAACAACGUGAAAAUUUGAUGAUUGUUAGUUCUUUAGCUAAUUCUUUAUUGACAAUUAUUGAUGAUAUACUGGAUAUUUCCAAAAUUGAGGCAGGACGAAUGAAUAUUGAACAAAUUCCCUUCUCGCUUCGUUCUGCAGUAUUUGGCGUUCUUAAAACACUAGCUGUUAAAGCAAAUCAGAGAAAACUAGAUCUUAUAUAUAAUGUAGAUAAUGGAAUACCAGAUCAACUUAUCGGUGAUCCUUUACGUCUGAGACAAGUUAUUACAAACCUUAUUGGAAAUGCAGUCAAGUUCACCACAGAAGGAGAAGUUGUAUUAUCUGUGAAUACUCAAUCAAUUGAAGGUGAUCAGGUGACGCUGAAGUUCUGUGUUAGUGACACUGGUAUUGGAAUCCGGGAAGAUAAGAUUGAUAUGAUAUUUGACACGUUUUGUCAAGCUGAUGGAUCAACCACAAGAAAAUAUGGGGUUAAUAUUAUAGAAGACUUGGGACUCCGACCAAAGAUAGCUAGAUCAGUUGAAGAAACAGCAAUUAUCACCGCAUCUCGUAAAUCAGACACACCUUUGUUUGAUACAGUAAUUGUUGACGAUUUAAAUAUCGUCGAAAGGUUGCGAGAGAUCGCACAUUUAAGAUAUAUUCCUAUUGUAUUAUUGGCACCAAUGAUUCCAAAUUUAAAUAUGAAGAAUUGCAUUGAUCUUGGUAUUACAUCAUAUAGUAGUACACCUACAAGUACACCAGAUUUAAUGAAUGUUUUAUUACCCGCGCUUGAAUCUUAUGCAUCAGUACCAAGCGAUUUUGCAGGACAACAACCAUUAGAAAUUUUAAUGGCUGAGGAUAAUAUUGUAAAUCAAAAAUUGGCACUCAAAAUAUUAGAAAAAUUCGGACAUAAAGUUGAAGUAGUUUCAAAUGGUAAAUUAGCUGUUGAACAAUUCAAAUGUAAACGUUAUGAUCUGAUUUUGAUGGAUGUACAAAUGCCAAUAAUGGGUGGAUUUGAAGCCACACAGAAAAUACGUGAAUAUGAACAAGACAAAGGCGGUCAUGUACCUAUUGUAGCGUUAACAGCUCACGCUAUGAUAGGUGACCGAGAGAAAUGCCUCUCAGCCGGAAUGGACGAAUAUGUUACAAAACCAUUAAGUUAG